UCGCACUUCUUAACCACUUCUCGCCCCGUGUCUGACAUAUGUCAAGCGACCGUCAAAUCAAAAGUCAAAUCGUCAAUUGUAUUUACUUUUAUAAAUUAAAAUUUUUACGAACGUGGUAAAUAAGGGAGAAUUGGUAAUGGUUGUAUGAUCUCUAAGGAUACAAUGGUUCUGUUAGAAAAUGAUUCCUUUUUAUCGGAGCUUACAAAGAUGUUUCAAAAGGCUAGACUGGAUGGUUCAGUAUCUAUGACUUUCAAACGGUAUGAUGGCAAAGAUCGCCCAACACCAAGACCAGGAAAACCACCACUACCAGAACCACAGGAACAUAUGUGUUUAGUUAGGGCUAAAUUUCGUUCAAAGAAAAUUUCAACGAUUAUACAUCAAAAGGACGUUAACAAAUUCCAGGUGGCGUACAGUAGUUUAUUGAAGGGCAACUUAGAUGGGCUCAAGAAGCUGAAAAAAACAAAAGCAAAGACAAAAGCGGAGUGAAUAUGGAUUUUUUUAUUUAAAAUGGUUUAUUUUCUUAUGACAGUUAUGUUGCAAUUUAUUUUGUAAGUACUAUUUUAUACUUAUGCUAAAGUCUGAAUAAAGAAUUGUUUUAAAUA